CUACUCUUUAGACGACGGGCCUUUCCGUUCGACGCCAUUUUGAUGAAACAGCGACGAGAGUGGCCACAACUGUUGCCGUCUUUCGCCGCCGUGUGCUUUUUGUGAGGACAUUUCCUUUUUAUCUUUUCUGUUUUUACCAUUUUUUGGUGUUUUUGUUUUCGUGCCGAGGAGGUGAAGAAGGACAGCCCGAUGGACCCGGAGAGCGUUUCGGGGCGAAUGGAGGCCUCCCGGUAGCCAUAGCUUGUUAGCUCGGCGCCAUUGUUUUUCUCCGCCAGGCUUUCUCUGCGUGUACUAUAAGUUGUCAUCCCAGCUAAGGGGCGUUGUUAGCGUCGACCUAAAUCCCGUGGACUCGUUCUGUGGACUCUUUUAUGGACAUGGACUGUUUUGUGAAGAACUGAGGGUGGGGACCCCCGUCCCCAACCAAGCACUGGCUGGACUGCGCUUAGCAACAUUAGCUGCUAACGUAGCGGCCUUCCUUCCCUUGCGUUCCUCUCCUGCCGCGGACGGACUGCUGGUGGCGGACGUGAGCGCCGUCCACAACGUCGCUCUCUCGGUAGAAGCGAGCUCGGACUAUUUUGAGGCCUCUUUGCUUGGAUUUUUGGGGCGUUGUUUGUGUAUAUCGCUUUGGUUUUGGACUCGAGAGGACUUGACGAAAAGGCACAUGGCGCCGUCGUUUGGCGCGCCGACCUUUUAUCCCUUGCGUUGGGAUUAAUCGAGGACUCUGCGUCAUUGACUAGCCCUCCAGUUUUUUUCCCUUCUUCUUCAUUUUUUGGGCCGGUGAAGCCCAUUUUGCCGCAUUAAAAAGUUUCCAGGUUUGCCUUCCUGUGAUUUGAGUGUUGACGCUGUUUAUUUUUGGUUUGGUUGGUUUGGUCAUCCGAAGCCCGUGUCUCCCUCCAUCCAUCCCUCCCUCCCUCCAUCCAUCCGUUCAUCCAUUAUCCCCGACCCUAAACCUCCUUUCUCCCCUAACCCUUGUUGUGAUAAAAGAAAAGUGUGGCAAAAAUGUCGUGUGUUCACUACAAGUUCUCCUCCAAACUGGACUACAACACGGUCACGUUCGACGGGCUGCACAUCACCCUAAAUGAGCUGAAGCGGCAGAUCAUGUCCAGGGAGCGCCUCAAGGCCACAGACUGCGACCUGCAGAUCACCAACGCGCAGACGCGAGAAGAAUACACGGACGAUGAAGCCCACAUCCCCAAGCAUUCGUCGGUGAUUGUCCGCAGAACGCCCAUUGGCGGCGUCAAACCCGCUGGCAGGACGUUCAUAGUAGAUCGUUCUGACACGUCUGCGGCGGGAUCGUCAAGACCCACCGACUCGUCACCGUCUAUGUCGCUCGCGCAGCUCACCAAGACGGCCAACCUGGUUGACGCCAACGCGUCCGAGGAGGACAAGAUUAAAGCCAUGAUGACGCAGUCCAACCACGAAUACGACCCUAUUCAUUACUCCAAGAAGGCCGUCGGACCUCCGCCGGCUCACUACCUCUGUUUCCGUUGUGGAAAGACGGGUCACUAUAUUCGGCAGUGCCCCUUGCUCCUGGUUCAGGACAAGAGCAUGGAGGGUCCCAAGCAGGUGAGAACCAGCAAGGGGAUUCCCCAGAGCUUCAUGGUGAAGGCCGAGCCCGGCGCCAAAGGAGCCAUGCUGACCAGCACGGGCGAAUACGCCAUACCGGCCAUCGACGCGGAGGCGUACGCGCAGGGCAAGAAGGAGCGUCCGCCGUUCGUGGCGCACGAGCGCUCGUCCUCCGAGGACGAUUCGGACCCCAUCCCGGACGAGCUGCUGUGUCCCAUCUGCAAUGAUCUGAUGACGGACGCCGUGGUCAUCCCUUGCUGCGGGAACAGCUACUGUGACGAAUGUAUCCGCACGACCUUGCUGGACUCUGACGAGCACGUCUGCUUCACGUGCAAACAAUCGGACGUGUCGCCCGACAACCUCAUUGCCAACAAGUUCCUUCGACAGGCGGUGAACAACUUCAAGAACGAGACGGGCUACACCAAACGCGGGCGCAAGCAAAUCCAGCCCUCGGCCCCUCCUCCCCCGCGUCCUCACCUCCUCAACAGGCCUCUCCCGUCCAGGCAGCGGGACCCUCUGAUCGCCAACAUCUCCCAGCCGCCGCACGCUAGCGCGACAGCCCCUCGGCCUCAGACGCCGCUGCUUCCCGCCCCUACGCCUUCGCCGCCUCCCCGAGCCGACGUGAGCGAGGAAAGGAAAGCCGCCUCGCCGGUUGGGCCGCCCGUCGCGGGCCGCGCUUCUCCCCGGGUCUCUGGGAGCCAGGACGAGCCGCCGCCGCCAGGCGAGGCAGAGCCGCCGCCGCUGCCGCUGCCACUGCCGACGUCCCUGCCUCUCGUGAAGCCCAGCCUGACCAAAAGCACAGAGAGCAGGUCACAGGCUUACAACUUGCCUCUCCUGGGUGCGGCGCCAUCCUCCAGGCUACCUUCUCAUCUUUCAGGCCCACAUUCCCGCCCCCAGCAGCCUCACUUUGUGUUGUCUUUAGGCCCACAUUCCCGCCCCCAGCAGCCUCACAGGGACCGAGGUGGAAGACACUGGGAAAGGUCGUACAGAAGCAGAGGCGAGCCCCCGUCCGGCCACCUCCCGACGGCCCAACUCCCUCUGGCGGCCCCGCCCCUCUACGUGUCGCCCUCCCUGUACCCGCCCCCGCCGCAGCCCUAUCCGCCUCUGUACUCGGCCGCUCCCGGCCUCCUCCCGCCGCCGCCGCCCAUGGGCUAUCAGCCUCAGCCCGUGUACGGGCCGCCGGGGGUCAACCCUCCCUGGGGAGCCCCCGGCGGCCAGCCCCCUCUGCUCCCCCUGCCCUCCGCCCUCACUCAGCCACCUCUCUCCAAAGAAGAUUUCUACAGACAGCGCCACCACCGACAAGACAACAUUACGUCCAAGCUGGAUGAGUUCACAAAGGACUUCCACAAAGAGCUGAUGAAGUACCGAAACGCACCAAAGAGGCAGAGACCUUCGUAUUCCAGGUCCCGAUCGUACAGUCGUUCUCCGUUCAGCCGCUCUUACACUCGCUCUCGCUCCAGGUCCAGAUCGAGGUCUUACUCGUACACGCCGAGCCGAUCCCGCUCGCGUUCGCGCUCCCACGGCCGAGCGUAUCCCCGCUCGCCUUACUCCCGACGCAACGGACGCAGCUACGGACGCUCUCGUUCCAGAUCAAGGUCUCGCUCCAGGUCCUACGGGUUCCGGCGCUCCGGUUCGCCGCCCUCGUUCCGCACCGCCGCUUGGGAGGGAGCGGAAGGUGCGCCGCCCUUCCGCUCCAGGUCUCACUCGCGCUCUCCGGGCGCUUUCCGCAACCGCAGCCCCGCCGGUCGGAAAGCACCGCCGCGGGGCGAUUUGGCGGCGGCAGCGGCGGCGCCGCCUUAUGAGCUGAAGCCUCUCAGCCCCGGCCCUCACGAACACUGGGAGCGGGAUAGCUACCGGCAGUGGGAGCGCGAGUACCGAGAAUGGUACAACAAAUAUUAUAAAGAUUACGAGAACCAACACCAGCCCAUCUAUCACAGGGGCCGCAGUAGCAGGGAAAGGGAUAGAGAAAGGGAAAGGGAGCGCGAUAGGGUGCGGGAAAGGGAGCGAGUGCGAGUGUCCCCGCUCCAUCGGGAGUACUCCCCCCAAGGCGGCAGAACCAGAAGAGGUCGAGAUGACAAAGUUGCGCCCGCUCACAAUCCGCCGUCCUCCUCGUCAACGACAAAGAGCGGCGGCGGCAAGCUCCUCAAGACCAAGAAAGUCAAAAAGAGGAAAGCCGGAGAGGACGGCGAGCAAUCGCACAAUUCUGUGGACAGGGGUGACGCCACGCCUGUCAGAGAUGAACCCAUGGAUGACAUCCUGUCGCCAAACAAGACGCCCCCAGUCUCUUCCAAGACCGUGUCGUCCACGGCCGGCUCCAAGGCUCCGACCGGCUCCAAGAGCGCCGCCGCCGCGGCACCCUCCAAGCCCUCACUCAAGUCAGCGCCCAAGAGCGACAAGGCCAAGAAGGACAAGGGGGCUCAGAAGACAAAGACCAAAGCCAAGACGGAUGCUUCCAAAGUCAAAAGCGACAAAGUCAAGAAGAAGACCAGCGAUUGUGUGAUGAGCAAAAAGAAAGAGCCCUCGUCCGCAACACCUCCUGCUCCCGCCGCCGCCGCCGCUGCUGCUGCUGCAGCCCCAAAAACAUCAAAGACCGCCAAAGCCAAACCCGAAGAGUCCCACAACUCCAGCGUGCUGCCUAAAAAGGAAAAGUCCAAAGUUGUUUCUGUAAGACCGCCGCUCUUAAAGACACCCCCACUCUUCUCCCAAGGCCUGCCUCUGCCGCAUCCGGCUCUCCACCCUAACGACAACCGAGGGCGAAGAGACCCCCCCCCGCACGGCGGCGGGCUCAUCCCCCUGCCUCACCAAGCCCUCCCCUACCUCCACCGCCCUCCCCCACGCUUGGGUGAGGAGGGCCGCUCCUUACUCGGGUCUCCGCCUGGAAAACUCCGCAGACUGGAUGGAGCCGCGAUCGGAGCGGAGGUCUUCUCGCACCCGCACGACACUCAUCAGUCGGGACUACAGAGGUUCUCGCACCCGGCCGACAGACCCGGGCUUCUUCCCGUGCUGGUGGGCCGUGAGAUUGUCUGGGCGGACAAAGACCGAGGCGCUAUCAGGCCUCUCAUGGACUUGCCGGUCAAGCCGGUGACCCAGAGAAGCGUCCCUCUCAACCUUGGAAAAAAAGACAAUCCCGCCGUCUCAGACAGACCGUCGUCGGGCACCGAGAAGACCGCCGCGGACCGAUCCGCCGACGACCCGGAUGCCGAGAAACCUGCCGAAGGACCGGACGUAAAGGAGCGCUUGUCGUCUUCUGACGGGGCGCUCUCCAGAGAAAAAGCUGGCGGCGACAAGCCCUCGCUCUCCGACAAAGACUCUGACCGGAGCUCGGGAGUCGACAGAGAGCGGGACAGUAACAGCAGAAUGGACAGAGAGCGGGAGAGAGGUUCUGAACGAGGGCGGGAAAAAGGCUCGCGGUCGGAACGAGAGCGGGAAAAAGCAUCGGACAGAGAUCAGGAAAAAGCUUCGGGCUCCGACAGGGAUCGGGAAAAAGCCUCGGGCUCCGACAGGGACCGGGGAAAAGCCUCGGGCUCCGACAGAGAUCGGGAACGAGGUUCAGACAGAGAUCGGGAAAAGGCUUCGGAUCGGGAAAAGGCUUCCGACAGAGAUCGGGCUAAGGCUUUAGACCGAGACCGAGAAAAGGCUUCCGACCGGGAUCGUGCCAAGGCGUCCAGUUCGGACCGGGAUCGUGCCAAGGCGUCCAGUUCGGACCGGGAUCGUGCCAAGGCGGCAAGUUCGGACCGGGAUCGCGCCAAGGCGGCAAGUUCGGACCGUUCGGACCGAGAUCGCGCAAAAGCCUCGGACAGGGAUAGAGAGAAGGCCUCCAGUUCUGAUAGGGAUCGAGAAAAAGCGUCGGGAUCUGACCGAGAUCGGACUCUGGCUUCAGAGAAAGAGCGCGACAGAGCGUCUGGAUCCAGCUCAAAGAAGGUGUCCGCGGUGAAAGAGGGCGGUGAAAAGUCGCAGAAGACGGAGCGCAAAAACUCCGCAAGCGCCGGCGGAAGCGCCGGCGGAAGCGCUGGCGGAAGAGCCGUCUGCUUGGACAAAAUGACCAUAGCGGAGAAAUCGGCCAUCGGCAAGAAGCAGGGACACGACCAAGAGAAGACCGCCCCUUCCUCCGCCGACAAAGCUGCCAGAUCGGACCGGAGUGCUUCCAAGGAGAGGACGGCCAAGAGCGCCGCCGCCGCCGGGAGAAAAGCAGAUGCCGCUCCCAAAGAUGGGAAAGAGGGAGAAACCAAAACGGUGAGGACCAAGCCCAGGAUCAGUCGCAAGGUCUUAUCCACUAGUCAGCCCGCCAGGUCCGCUCAGGAGCCCAAGCUGGAGGGUGAGAAGAAGAGCGACUCUGUGGCAACUUUGGAGCAGGUGACGCCGGCUGGCCCCCAAAGCGCUGGGGAGCAGCAGCUCCUGGUUCAGGCGCCUCCUCGCUCCAAGUGGGAGCGAGAGGACGACGACGAGGAGGAGGAAGAGGGACGGGCGGCGCCAACGGUAGUGGCUCCUCAAGUCACCCCCAAAGAGCCGUCGCCCGUUCCCCACAAGACGGAGCUGCUCCAAACUGAUAAGAAGGUCGUGCUCAAGGAGGAGAAGAAGAGGACGCCCAAGGACGAGAGCAAAGGCGGCAAAGUCAAGCCCGCCCGAGAGGAGAGGAAGGUGGCGGUGGCAGUGGCAGCGGGCCAAAGGACACCCAAAGCCGAGGGAAGGGAGGCCAAGGAGGAGAAGAACCCCAGCGGCCCGGAGCCCAAGAGGCAGCGGCUGUGUUCGGACCUGGCCCGCGAGACAGACGAGGCCGCCUUCGUGCCUGACUACAGCGAGGGCGACGACGCCUCCGACAGCAGCCCCUCCGGCGACCGCAGCGACUCGCCCUCCUCCUCCGCCGCCGGUGGCGACAAGAAGAAGAAAAAGAAACACAAGAAGCACAAAAAACACAAGAAGCACAAGAAGCACAAAGUGGCUGACAAGGACAAGGAGGGCGGCGAACACAAGCAGAAACACAAGAAGAAGAAACACAAGAAGAGUAAAGACAAGGACGCGGAGGAAGGUCACGGCGAGCAGGAGCGGCCCAAGAGCCCCGCCGGAACCGACAGCGUCAAAGCUUGACACGGCCGCCGCUUCGAAUGUGAAAGCGAAAACGAGGACACCGAGGAAGCCAACAAAAAAA